AUGAACCUGCCCCCCACAAAGCCCAGCCCCCAGGAGUCGCUCAGCCAGCGCAAAGGGUACAGGACGGAGCCCAGAGCUGGGAUUCCGGAGCCUGGCGGUCUCCGAAAGUCUGUCCAUUCCGCCCGCGGUGCUGAGAAGCAGUUCGCCCGGUGCCUCGGGCAGCUGAGUGGGAAACGCAGCCCAGCCGUGCUUUUGCGAGUUGGGGUCCCAGGUCCUCCCGACACCCCACCCCCGGCGUCGACACCCGGUCCACCGAACCAGCCUCUUAGCCCUUCUACCUCCCCGGCGGCGCCGCAGGCUGGGAUCCGGCGAAACACUCCGACUCCGGCAGGCGGCACUCGCCCAUCACCCAGGCAACAGGCCCCGGGAUGGAAAAAGGAGACUGCACCCAGGGCCCAGGGCCUUCUAGGCACCCUGUGCCCCCAUCCGCCGCCCCACAGCCCUGCCCUGACCUUGACCUCUGGCCCCACAGACAGCAACUUCCUGCUGGCCAACGCGCAGGGCCCACGGGGCUUCCCCAUCGUGUACUGCUCCGACGGCUUCUGCGAGCUCACAGGUUACGGCCGCACGGAGGUCAUGCAGAAAACCUGCAGCUGCCGCUUCCUCUACGGUCCAGAGACCAGCGAGCGGGCGCUGCAGCGGCUGCACAAGGCCCUGGAGGGCCACGAGGAGCACCGGGCCGAGAUCUGUUUCUACCGCAAGGAUGGAUCAGCCUUUUGGUGCCUCCUGGACAUGAUGCCCAUCAAGAACGAGAUGGGCGAGGUCGUGCUGUUCCUCUUUUCCUUCAAGGACAUCACUCAGAGUGGAGGGCCAGGGCUCGGUCCCCCGGGAAUCCAUGGGGACCAUAACCAUGAAAAUUCCCUUGGCAGGAGGGGAGCCAGCUCCAAACUUCGGUCCUCCCGGAGGCAGAGCCGCAGCGUCCUACGCCGACUGGCCGGCCACUUCCGUCGCCGGGGCCAGGGAAGCAUGGAGACCAAUAAUAACGUGUUUGAGCCAAAGCCAUCAGUGCCUGAGUACAAGGUGGCCUCCGUGGGGGGGUCCCGCUGCCUCCUCCUCCACUACAGCGUCCCCAAGGCCAUGUGGGACGGCCUCAUCCUGCUGGCCACCUUCUACGUCGCAGUCACCGUCCCCUACAACGUUUGCUUCUCGAGCGAUGACGAUGCUGGCCCGGCCGCGUCCCAGCACACGCUGGUCAGCGACAUCGCGGUGGAGAUGCUCUUCAUCGGGGACAUCAUCCUGAACUUCCGCACCACCUACGUGUCCCCGUCCGGCCAGGUGGUCUCAGCCCCGCGCUCCAUCGGCCUCCACUACCUGGCCACCUGGUUCUUCGUGGACCUGAUUGCUGCUCUGCCCUUCGACCUGCUUUAUGUCUUCAAUGUCACUGUGACCUCGCUGGUGCACCUGCUGAAGACGGUGCGGCUGCUGCGGCUCCUGCGAUUGCUGCAGAAGCUGGAGCGGUACUCGCAGUGCAGUGCCGUGGUGCUCACACUGCUCAUGUGGGUGUUCGCACUUCUUGCCCACUGGAUGGCCUGCAUCUGGUACGUCAUCGGGCGCCGUGAGAUGGAGGCCAAUGACCCGCUGCUCUGGGACAUUGGUGAGCACCAACCCUGGACUCUCUCACCCGUCUCCUGCCCUGUCCUGAAGCUGCUGUCUCCCCGGGAUUCACAGGUCCCACCUGUAUCCCUGUGUUUCCCCAAACCUGCCUGGGUUCCUUGGGGAUUAGGCGGGAGGAUGCUGCCUGUGCCCCCCAUGCAGUUACUGCGUGACUUCCCAGACGAGCUGCGGGCCGACGUCGCCAUGCACCUGAACCGGGAGAUCCUGCAGCUGCCGCUGUUUGGGCCUGCAAGCCGGGGCUGCCUGCGGGCACUGUCCCUGCACAUCAAGGCCUCCUUCUGUGCCCCGGGCGAGUACCUGCUGCGCCGCGGGGACGCCCUUCAGGCGCACUACUACGUGCGCUCCGGCUCCCUGGAGGUGCUGAGGGACAGCACGGUGCUGGCCAUCCUGGGGAAGGGGGACCUGAUUGGGGCAGACGUCCCUGAGCCGGGGGCAGGCCCGGGCUUUGUGCUGAAGGCCGGCGCUGAUGUCAGAGCCCUGACCUACUGCGGCCUGCAGCAGCUGAACAGCCAGGGGCUGGCCGAGGUCCUGAGGCUGUACCCCGAGUACGGGGUCGUCUUCCGGGCCAGCCUGCCCCGCGACCUCACCUUCAACCUGCGCCAGGGCGUUGACACCAGCGCCCUCAGCCGCUCUGCCCGGUCCCCCCGCCUCUCCCAGCCGCGCACCAACAGCCUCGGCUCUUCCUCAGACAAGACUCUGCCGUCCAUCACGGAGCCAGAGGGCGGCUCCGGGGCGCCCAGGGGGGGUCCUCUUCCCCUGCGGCUCUCCGCUGCCCGGAGGCCCCCUCAGCUUCUCAUUAACCCUUGCGGGGCGCCGUCCCCGGCGUUCCCACACGUGCUGUCUCCUGUACCUCAGCUGCCCUGCCCGGAGGCCCCCUCAGCUUCUCAUUGCCCCGCCGGGAACCUGCGGACCUCCAGACCUCAGUCCCCGGUGAGACGCCGCCUCCCGUGCCCUUUCUGUACCCCUCCGGCUUCUAGAACCCUUGCGGGGCGCCGUCCCCGGCGUUCCCACACGUGCUGUCUCCUGUACCUCAGCUGCCCUGCCCUGCCCACCCCUCUGACCGGGGCCCCCUCCGGUCCAUGGCCAAGGCCCCUUGGCCCUCUACCUGCACCGCUCAGGCCUGUACACCUUCCGUGUGCUGACGGGCACUGCCCCAUCCCCAGGGUAGUGGAUGGCAUCGAGGACUCGGGCCCCACGGCUGAGGCCCCUACGUUCCGGCUCAGCAGGAGGCCUGAGCCCCCAAGGCCCUGCUCCCAGGGCCCCCUGGCAGGCACCAGGACGAGCCCAGAGCUGGCCACAGAGGCAGAGGCAGUGAAGGAGAAAGUCUGCAGGCUGAACCAGGAGAUUUCUCGCCUCAACCAGGAAGUGUCCCAGCUGAGCCGGGAGCUGCGGCUAGUGGCCAGCCUGUUGCAGGCCCGCCUGGGC